ACAUUCAUGAAAUUUGUGCGUGAGACUACACAGGAUUUAAGACGAGCUGCCAACAAUGAAUUCUUGACGCAACCUGUACCACCUAGAUUUGUCUACGGGUACAUGCAGGUGGCUGGAACAUGCGCGUGUGCUUGCUGCCGUGGAUCAGAUCACGUGACUGUCUUAGUCAUCUCUUGGCAGCGCCGCUCAUACCGACAGCUUUGUUCUCCGCAGUCUUUCUCUUUCAACCACACCCUCGACACCUCGCAACUUUGUCCUUCUCACUUAACACAACCUCAAAGCGACACUGGGAUCAGGCGUCGCUCGCUACUCCUCAGCAUCGGUGACACGAAGACGCGCAGGCUUUUUACACGCUUACAUCAAGCAAUCACCCUCGUACACGCCACCAUGUCGUCUUCGGUGUUCUACAGAUUCAAAAACUCCAAGGAGCCGUCACGAAUCGUUUUCGAUGGCACUGAUAUUUCAGUGUUCGAGCUGAAGCGCGAGAUCAUCAUUACCUGCGGACUCGGCGACGGCCUCGACUUUGACUUUCACAUAUACCCGGAAGACCAACCCACAACCGAAUACGACGAUGACACUACCUUGAUCUCACGCUCGAGUACUGUGAUAUGCGUACGUAGGCCAGCUGCUCGCGGCCAUGGCCGCGCAGCCCGCUAUAUCUCUGGACGCGCCCCUGUCCGAGCAAUCAAGAAAGCAAACAAACCCGCCGGCGCCGGGUCUGGAGAAGCCCCCAAUGAACUGGAUGCGGAAGCUGCCUUCUUAGCUGAAUCUGCUCAAGUUUGGGACCAGCAGAAAGCAAAUCUAUCCACCGCUAAAAACGCUCGCCGGCAACCCAUCCGCAAACCCAACGCCACCCCCGAUAACAUACCGAUAGGGUACGUCUGCUAUCGCUGCAACAAGAAAGGACACUGGAUCCAAGAUUGCCCUACCAACAACGACCCCGAUUUCAAACCAACGGCCCGAGCCAAGCGGACGACCGGCAUCCCGCGGUCUUUCUUGAAAACGGUUGAAAAGCCCGCGGACGAUGAAGAUGCCCGUGGUAUCAUGUUAAAUGCCGACGGUGAAUACGUGCAAGUUCUGACGGACACAAAAGCAUGGGAGAAGUUUCAAGAGAAGGCAAUCGCAACUAAGGCGCAGGCUGCCGAUGUAGAUGCAGCUAACAAGGAAGCGAGGGAUCGAGGUCUUGAAUGCCCAAUCGACAAGCGCAUGUAUGUGGACCCCGUGAAGACGCCGUGCUGCGGCAAGACGUAUUGUCACGACUGCAUCGAGAAUGCCUUGGCAGAUGGAGAUUUGGUUUGUCCGAAUUGUUCACAGGACGGUGUCUUGAUUGAUGAUCUGGCGGCGGAUGAGGAUAUGGUGCAGAAGAUCAAGGAUUUUGAGGCAGAGAAAGCAAAGCAGAAGCUGGAGAAGGAGCAGCAGGCAAAGGAGGAAGUACAGGCGGCUGCAAAUCCCUCAUCUCCUUCUAAAAAUAAAGAAAACAGUUCUUUGCCCUCAAUCGAUGAAAAAGCCAAGGCUGGUGAGACCAGUCAAGCUGGUUCAAAAUCACCAAAGCCGAGUAACACGAGUGUUCCUCCUUCAUCUUCUGAUGUCAAUUCUCCCUUGACAAUUACAGCGAAGCCACUCUCUAGUCUUUCACCAGCUGUGGGCGGUAAUGGCUCAGAUACUGACACAUCCACAACGUCCAAGAAGCGUAAGGAGGCUCCGACAGAGAUCAAACCUCCCACCGCCCCCAAAGCCAUGCGACAGCAGAAGGAGCAACAAGAGCGCCAGGUUCAGGAUCAAUCCUCCGCUAUGGAGAAGGACUUCUUCCAAUCCAUGGAGGCACUCAAGCAGAUGCAAGAGACGCCUGGUGCCAACGCGCCACUAAACGCGGGUGCAAACAUGCCAAAUAAUCCUAUGAUGGGUAUGAUGCCGCAGAACAUGAACGGUAUGGCUGGUAUGAACGGAAUGAAUGGCAUGAAUGGCAUGAACGGAAUGAACGGGAUGAAUGGUAUGAACGGCAUGCACCCAAUGGCCAAUAUGAACGGCAUGAAUCAAGGAUACCCCGCUAUGAAUCAAUGGAACGGUUACAAUCAGGGCUUUGCACAGAACGGAAUGGGCUUCAACAACAUGAACCAAGGCUGGAACAACGGGUACAACGCUCAACAACAGAUGGGCUACGGCAUGAACAACAUGAAUGGUAUGAACAUGCGCGGUUCAUCCGGUUGGGGAUGGAAUCAGAACCAAGGCUUUCAGCAAGGAAAUGGCAAUAUGGGCUUCCAGAACGGUGGUGGACAAGGCAACUUUGUGAACCAGCAGCAGCCAGACCAGGAGGACGCAUACGAGCGCAAGCCAUUGAACCCACACCGCAGCCAAAAUAAGAAUCGCAAACAACGUGCCCCAGACUAUCAUUAUCUCGGAUAA